UCAGAGCAUGUCCUGGCCCCGUGGACGAGACGCGGAAGAUGGCAGAGCUGCCGGGGCUCAGGGACGAGUGCGAGGAGGGCGCUUCGGGGGCUCCCACGCUCGUCAGCGCCUGCUUGGCGGACAACAGGCUGAAUCUGGAUGUUUAUCCUGACGGCUGCUGCCGCUUCCUCCAGCUGUUUGAGAGGCACCGGGGACACCUGGCCCAGGUGGAGUUCAUCCGGCUCAGCAGCAACGAUCACCUCCUUGGCGCCACGCUGGGCAUCCUCCCUCGUCUGGAGAGCCUGAAAUCCCUGGUGCUCAAAGGUGGCCAUGCCCGGGAUGAGUUUGGCUCCUGUCAGCCUGGUUCCCUGACAAGCUUGCCGCCAGACUUUGGGAACCUGAGGUGUCUCACUCACCUGGAUCUCAGCUUCAAUCGCCUCUCCACCUUGCCCAGCUGCAUCUCCCACCUCCCCAGCCUCCGUGUGCUCCUAGUGAGCCACAACAGCCUGGUGGCACUGCCAGAGGACUUUGGCUCUCUGAGCAAGCUAACUUUCUUCUCUGCUAUGAAAAACCAGCUGAAGGACUUACCACAGAGCAUUGGGGAGCUGGUAGCGCUGCAGGACCUGGAUCUCUCAGAAAAUGCUUUGGAAUACCUCCCUAAUGAAGUUGGGAAUCUGCACAACUGUGCAGAACUGGAUCUCUCUGGGAAUCAAUUAUCAAGCAUCCCAGACUCUUUAGCCAAUUUGAAGUCUCUGCGGCGGCUGCUUCUCCACAGCAAUCUCCUGGUGACGGUCCCCGCAUCGCUCGCCAGCCUGCCCAACUUGUCCAGACUCGAUCUGCAGAACAACUGCCUCCGAGCCGUCCCCCCCGAGAUCCAGACCUUGCCGUUCGUGCACCUCCGUGGCAACCCCUUAGGAGAAACCGAGCCCUCCCCGCAAGCUGAUGAAUCCAGUGCCAGAAGACUACAAAGACUGUUCCUUGCAUCAGAAGAGGACAGCUUUACCGUGACAUCUGAAGGCUGCAAAGUACUCCUGGCCUGUGGCAUCCAUUUCUACUUUCCUCCGGGGGCUGCCUCUGACCCUCUGCGCAUUCACUUCCGCACCCUUGCACCAGACCCCCAGUGGGUGAAGCUGCGGCAUCACGACAUCCUGCUGAGCAUGGUCCUGGAGCUGCGGCCUCACGGGGUUGAAUUCCAGCAGGAGGUGGAGAUCUGGAUGCCGUAUGCCUCUCCUCAAACCCUUCACCAGCGUGAGGUGGUAGUUCGGACCUUUAACGGGCAGAGCUGGAGUGAUCUAAGAACAAAAGUGGAGCAGAAGAGAAAAUCAAAGAAGCUUGUGGCAUGUUGUAGUGUCCUUCAUUUCUCCUGGUUCCUAGUUGUGUCUCGGCUUGUAGAGAAUGAAUGCAAAGUGCCAGCAGAGGGGACAUUGCUUUUUUCUAGUGUGGAUCCAAACAUCAAAGUGAUCUUCCCUCCUGGAGCCACCGAAGAGACUCGCAGUGUCAAACUGCAGGUGCUGCCAGUCUCUGCGGAAGAGAUAGAGGAAGUCACAGCCGAUGCGGGUUGCAGAGCCAGUCCCCUGCUCUGCCUCUCUCAGGAUUGCCCAGUGGAUUUUCUCAGGCCAGUGAGAAUUCAGCUACCCCUUCCACUUGGGGUCACAGGGUUAAACUUGGAUCGGUCCAGGCUGCACCUUCUCCAUGGCGACCUGCAGGGCCAAACCUGGGAUGACAUUACUGGUCAGGUGGUGCUGGAAUUCACCCAUCUUUAUGCAAUGUUUGAAGUCACCCACUUCUCCUGGUACUGGCUGUGGUACACCACGAAGACCUACAUUGGAGGCAUUGCCAAGAAAGUCUACGAGCGGCUGCGUAUGUACCAGGUUGACCCAGUGCUGAAGAAGCUGCAGGACCGCUACCGAGGACCUGAACCAUCUGACAUGGUGGAGAUGUUUGAGGGAGAGCAGUUCUUCGCUGCUUUUGAGCGAGGCAUCAGCAUUGAUAUGGAUCGCCCUGACUGUGUGGAUGGACGUCUUUCAUUCAUUUUUUACUCACAUUUGAAGAACAUGAAAGAAAUCUACGUCACCUCCCCUGUAGACAGGAAAGGCCAAGCUGUAAAAGGUCAGGUCUCUUUCUACCGAGGGGCAGUUCCUGAGAGCAUCCCUGAAGAUGCCAGCAGGAGGAGGAAAGGACCAGACUCCCUCUGGCUUGCUACUCUGCCAAUCAAACUACCUAAAUUGAAAUCCCGCUGGAGUGAGAAUCCUGGUCCCCUGAAUGGCUUCUCUUUCCCUCCUCUGAACCUGGGAAAUGCCGAGACUGGCUUCCUAACACAAGCAAACCUGCUCAGCAUUGCCAGGCGUGUGGGAGCCAACUGGCAGACCAUUGGCUUGAACCUGGGGUUGACCUAUCAACAGAUUGAGCGCAUCAGAUACAAUAACAGAGAGGACCUUGAUAAACAGAUCCUGGACAUGCUUUUCUCAUGGGCUCAGAAAAACUCUGAGGAUCCUGACUGUGUGGACAAGUUGAUCACAGCCAUGAAGGAGAGUGGCCGCCAGGACAUCGCUGAUGAGAUUGAAACCAUCAUUGAGCUGGGACGGCAGAAAUACAGGGAGUCCAUCCGCCGCGUGGGCUUGGAGCAGGAGAGCAGCACUGAGGACUCUGCAAUAGCCAUGGUGUAACACCUCACAGAAACAACCGAGUUUCCUAUGGGAGUGCCUCUGUGUGCCCAGAGUGACAACACCUGGGGGCUGCUCCCCGCUCAAGGGCCAGUAUCCUCCUGAGGUGGUGGACAUCGAUUUACUUGUGAGCAGACUACCACACUCUGUUAGGGCUAGGCUCAUGUGUUACUUCUGCUAAUCCUGGAAAGUUUACAGUGUGUUUAUGACCCUUUUCUGUACUUCCACUUCCUGACUUUGAGCUUUAGAUUUCAGGAACACAGAGAGGUUCAGAGCCUCAAGUGUCUGUCAGUUGAGUAGUGGUUGAAGUAGCCUUUAAUGAAUUAACACUCAUGUCACAUGUAUUUAUGUAUAACUUAUUUGUGAACUACUACUUCUACUAGAAACACAGGGCAUGAGCAUUGCCAGUGGGUCUGUUUGUGCUCCAGGGCUUGGUGGGAAAGUGGAGGUGCAAUCAUGUUAUGGAGUCCCAUGAGGGGGUGAAGACUGUUCAGCUGUUUCUGCUAAUUCUACGUAUUGCUCACAGUUCUGAAAUGCCCACGCACUUUAGAGUCUUUUGUGUAGAAAAACUGAAGUGGAAAAUGUUUCCCCUUUCAAUCUCCAAAUUCCCCAUGAAAAUCUUUUCUAUUUUAUGCCAAAUCUCUUUGUGCUCCCUCAAUGUCAAAACAAAACCUAAGUAUUAGUCGGGGCAAAAAGAUGAAAAGAAUUUCUGGCAAAAUUGCUCUCUUUUUUUUUGGUUGUGCUCCAAAAACUGUUUUGGAGCAAAUAAAAUCUCACAGGCCCCUGCAGCUGACAUGCUUUUUACAUGAGACCUACACACUGGUGGUCUUUGGCAAUGUUCCAGUUUUAUUUACAAAUAAGUAAAAAUCCUUAACCUUGAUGUUCUGGACAGACUCGAACUUGAGUCAACCUUCCAGUUUUGCAAUCUAAAUAUUUUAUAAGAAUGUAGUUGUUUAUUACUUUUUAGCUACCCAAUCACUGUCUCUGGAGGUGACCUUCCCUUUCUGUAACUCAUCUCAUACUGGGCCUCAUCUACUGGCACACUAGUGAUAAUGGGAAGUUUUAUGCAAGCUGUUUAGGGAACUACUGUUAUUCAUGUAUAUGCAAGCCCUUCAAGACAGCUUUGGAGUCAGCACAUCCCACCCUCCAAGUAAUAUUUAAAUAUUUCAGUCUGAAAACUGAAAUACUGUAUGAAAAUGCCAGGUUAUAACACCCAAAGUCAACCUGCAACUGCAGCUUUGAGAAAAUCUUUUGUUUUCUUCCUCCUCACCUUUUUUCUUUUCAUCCUUUUUACUUGCUUUGUGCAAUGUCUCCUUCUGCAAUUUCCCUGAUGCUUUACUUCAGAAAUGCUAACAGUGCUAUCAACAGAGAUGCAUAAAAUUGUUCCUCUUUUCUUUAAAAAGGAAACUGCAAACUGUCAGGCCACAGAGUGCUUGGUAGGUGCUAGAGCACUGGGCAAAGACUUGCAGACUUGAGUUAUUGCUUUGGGCCUACAGACUGACUCAGAUCUGAUUUUUUAAGGCCAUGCUGCCCCUCAAGUGUCAUGUCAGGUUCAAGUCAACAGUCCCUGGUAGCCUGUGUCUUAUGUACUUGCCUGUCAUUUCAGUGUGUACCAAUGAGGUACUUGUUCUUUGCUCCAGUUUUGGAGAGAUGCAUUUGGGCAUGUUGCUCUCACUAGGAAUAAAAUAAGCACUUAACUGU